AUGGCCGACAAACGCCAUCCCAUCGACUUCCUCGAUCAAACAUACAUUCCGAAUUCAGAGCGCGGAGCUCUAGUCGCGGUUCAACCACAAGGUUUCUUCAUUCGACAUCCACCCAAACCUCAUGAGCUUGAGGAGGAUGUCACAGACGAGGCACAUCUAUUCCAAACAAUCCACAUGGGAGCGGCGGUUGUGGAUACAAGUCAGUGGAGGCUCAUCAUUGACGGUCUCGUCGAGCGCCCCUUUGGCGUUAAUUUGGACCAGUUAUGCCAAAUGGCGUCUGUAUCGGUCACAUCCUUCCAUGAGUGCUAUGGGAGUCCACUUGUAGCACCCACCAAAAAUGUGUGGAGAAUCGGGAAUGUCGAGUGGACCGGUGUUCCCCUGCGCGACCUUCUCGCGAAUGCACGACCACACCCGCAAGCCUCGUACGUUUGGUCUGACGGACUAGACUCGGGGGUUUUUGCCGGAGUGGCUGCGGACAGGUAUCGAAAGGAUCUGCCUAUGGAGAAAGCACUCUCUCCAGAAGUGUUAGUGGCUUAUGAGAUGAAUGGCCAGCCACUGAGUAAAGAGCGUGGUGGGCCAGUGAGGCUGGUUGUUCCGGGGUGGUUUGGGACAAAUUCUACCAAGUGGUUAUGUCGCUUGUCGUUGCAGGCGACAAGGGCUCAAGGGCCAUUCACCACCGUUUUCUAUAAUGAGUUGGAUCCUGAAGAUGUGAAUGGGGUGCAAACCCGGCCUGUUUGGAAAGCCCAGCCCAAUGCGAUGAUCGUACGACCUCGUCCGCAGGAGGUGUUUGAUUGCCCUUGUCAUGUUGAAGUAUGGGGGCGCACAUGGGGCGCUGAGGAGAUUGUGCGAGUCGACAUCUCCCUCAACGGAGAGGAUUGUGGGCAAGCAAUUCUAGCCCCAAGGACGAAUUUUGAGUGGCAGUUGUUUUCUAUUCGGUUAUAUCUACCUCAACGGGGGAAAGAGACCAUCCAGGCGCGAGCAACUGAUAGAUUGGGGGCUCGGCAGGCACUAGCGCAGAGUCGAAACCACGUACCAACUGUUGAGAUUAAUGUACCGAUUAAUGUAACCUAG